GGCUGGUUGACGAUUCAGAAGGAACUCCAUGAAGGCGAAGCGUGUUUGGAAGGAGGCGGGGCGCGUUUCCCCCUCGCUCUCUGCCGCUGCGGAACGAGAUGUUAGAGAGAGAGAGAAGAGAGAGAGAAAGAGCGUCAAGAGGACGGAGAGGGAAGCUAUAGCGACGCCUGCUCCGCCAGGGUGUCGGUGGCUGACGGAGGUACUAAACAGUGAAGUUGAUUUUUGAUACCAGUGAGUUUCUCAGUGGUUUUAUCAAGAUCAACUGUACAGGGGUAGUUUCAACAGCAAACGAUCGGCCGUGAGUCACGCUACCACUCUGGAUCUUGAACGUAGCUCAACCAAACGAAAUCUGACACGGAAUCAUGGAGAACUACGAGGACGAGGAUGACGUGCACUUUUGCAUCAAGUGUCACGCGACUAUCAACGGACUGGAGAACUACGUUCAGCACCGUCGAGCCGGGUGCUGUCGCCUUCCGGUGAAACAAGGUGGCGUCCAAGGGACGACGAGUACUUCGAAGACCGUUUCAUACCCGGAGAUCCCAAAUGCCGACGCGUUUUUCAAUUCGCUUGAGCUCCGGAGCAGCGCGAAGAAGCCCCAAAGACGUAUUUCUAGGACGAGGCUUAACGCUGGCAAGAAGAACGAAGGCCACGCUGAGGCGAGGAUAAAGAAACCUCGUAGGUCUCAGACGGAGUCCGAAGAAGUGAAUUCGAAAGCUCUCGUCCCCGGAAAGCUGAACAUCCUCCCCGUCGACGCAGAGCUCGACAACCCCACCGACCAUCUGAGCAUACCCUCGCUAGUCGGCUUCCCCGACAUCGUGACGUCGUCUACAGGAAAAUCUGUUGCGACAACCUCGUCGAGCAAGAACUGCACGACAGCAGGAUCGAUGAUGAAGAUCACGGUUCUUAAUUACGGCGACAAGCAGGAGAUUCCGCAAGAAACUUCGUUCGAAACCUUCAUGGCUGACGACUCCGUCGCUAAGUCCGGUACAUCUAAGCAGCGCGAAGUUUGGCUCGGAGACACUGUCCUCGUCGAUAUGGGAACUGGUGCUGAAACCAAGGACACAGCGCACUCUUCUCUCUCCCAGUACGAGGUGUACGACUACGUAGACGAGGUUGAUUCCGAAGACGAGUGCUCCCCGGACGAAGACGUGGUCGAGGAGGAAUCGUGCUCCGAAACCGACGACGCUGACGACCCGGAGUAUCCACCGCAAGGCCACACUGGAGGGAAGUGGCGACCCGGACUUCCGGCCGUUGCUCAGAUGGAAACCGAGCUCGCGGAGGAAGAAGUCGAACUUGAUCCGGAAGACGACAAUCCGGAACAACCACCGCCAUCUUACACUGGUGGAAAAUGGGAGCCAACAAGCCAGCAGGAAAUUGCUCAUGGACAGAAGGCGGGCGAUGACGGGAUCAAGGAUGAGAAGGAGCCUGGAAACCAACCCCCGCCAGACCAUACCAGAGGAAAAUGGGUUCCUGGUGCCCGGAGUGACCGGAACAGCGGCUUCUAUUGCAGUCCCUGUGCUCGAACCCUCGCCUCCAAAGUAGUCUACGAACGGCACCUGCUCUCUGAGCUUCAUGCGAAACGCAGUAUCACUGAACUCGAUGGGGAACUUCGUCUUCCCGCGGGAGUCGAAUCCGCUCCUGUGAAGGGGACUCGUUCAAUGCGGGGAAGGCGGGUGGUAGCCAGCUGGAAGGUGCAGGAUAACGAGGAGAAUAGCGCAUCGGACAUCCAGAAACAGUCGAGGAACAGAAAACGAGAGGUCAUAUGGUGCGAAAUGUGCAAAACUUGGGUUCAGCGGCCUCAGAUGGGAAAGCAUCUUCUCUCUCAUUACCACUGCCGUAUCUCCGGAGUUGUUCCUCGCAGUCCCAGAGCGCGCACCUUUCUUCUAGACAACAUGGCCAAUAUUGUACGUCAGUCCCCGUUCCAGUGUGCCGGAUGCCGCUUCUAUUGCAACACUGAAGAAACUUUCCUACGUCACUGGCGCUCUAAAUAUCACACUGAUGCACAUCGAGAGAUAUCGAGUAGCUUCAGGUGCACAGCGUGCGAUGUUUGGUGUGAAGAUAACGAUGAGAUGGAGGUGCACGUGAUGAGUUUGAGUCACCGACAAGUCGUUUCAAUGAUGGACGGUUCAGUGCCAGUAGUGAUAACGCGACAGCGUCGUUUGCCGUGUGACACAUGUGGCCAGCACUUUAGAUACAACCUACAGCUAAAGCAGCAUGUAGCGGAGACGGGGCACGCGGCGGAAACCGCAACGGAUGAAUACCAAACGCGACUUCGAUGUCAGCAGUGCAACCAGAUCUUCCGCUCGCAAAUAGCUCUGCAGCGACACCAACUGUCCAAUCAUGUGUUUAAAUCCUCGGUCAAAAUCGAACCGUACUUCUGCUCGUUGUGCGCCUUGACGUUCUCAUCCACCGAUGAAGCCAUUCGACACCGCAAAUCUUCCCGCCACAAAGACCGCGUCGAGGCUAAGAAGUACGCACAGACGGGUGUUCAGCGAAAAAAGAACUGUCUGCACUGCGACGCCUCUCUACCCAGCAUCGCCAAACUCAAAGAACACCUUCUAUCCACACACAUCGAGCUGUGUCCAAGGUGUCCCAGGUGUGGAAUGUCCUUCCCAACGCCCCAAGGUCUUGCGCUGCACUCUCGUCAGCGAAAGUGUAAGUUCGGGUCGGCCCAAGCGUCGGGAAAUGACAAGAGAGAGAGGAGCAGUUCCAGGAGUGCAGGGAAUGACGAGAAAGUGGUUGAAAACGCUGGUAGUGCCGAGAACUGUCAGAGUGCUAACACAGCCGGGAAUGUCGAAAAGGUGGUUCCAGAAGCUGCCGGUACCGAGUACUCCCAGAAUGUCAAGGAAACUAAGGUGCUUGAAGAAGCUACCAAUGCCAAAGACUGGCGGUGCGGCAAGUGCGGCUACACGACAAAAUCUGCGGCUGAGUACAUUUACCACGAAUCUCUGCACGUCGAGAAAAAGACCGGUCUCGAGACCGCUGAUAUGGUCCAGGAGACGCAUCAAUGCACCAUCUGCCCGAAGUCCUUCAAGAAGAAAAACAACCUCAUCGCACACCUUCGCUGCCAUACCGGUGAGAAACGUUUCUUGUGCCCUAGCUGCAACCAGCCCUUCGUGACUCGCGCCAAACUCAACCAACAUCGUGCCGCCAACUGUUCACCCUGCUCCGAGUCUCAGAUAAACGAUGGCGAACGACAGAGGAACUACGUUUGCACCGUAUGCCAGAGCGCCUUCCAUACUCGACACGUACUGCAGCGGCACAUGCUUCGUCAUACCGGCAAGAAGAUUCUCUGCGGGCUUCCCGGGUGUCCCACCGCCCUCAGGACCCCGAGGGAGCUGAAGAUUCAUCGCGAACGCAUUCACGACAUCUUGGAGCUCGAUGGUCCGUAUCAGUGCCCCGAGUGCUCGUUCAGAACUAUAUCGCCGACGCGGCUACGCAGACACCAAAACUAUCACGAACGUCGAAGACCCAUCGAAGACGAGCAGGACGGCGCUGCUGGGAGAAAAGUUUUGGAUAAAAAUUUUUACCACUGUGCUUAUACCGGCUGCGAAUUCAAGACCAAAUUAAAAUCCCACCUGCAUCGACAUCUCCGACUUCACACCGGCUCCAAGCCGUACAGAUGCGCCCAUUGCCCCUACGCCAGCAACAACUUCGAGAACCUCAGGAAGCACGUGCUCUCGACGAGGAUUCACCCCGGGAAGUCGAUAUACGAAUGCACGCACUGCGACACCUUCAGGACGAACUUUUCGAGGGAACUGCGAGCCCAUCUUCUUCAAAAACACAACGACAAUUUCCCGACACCGGAACUCGCUGCUAGCCACGUCGCCUCGAUGUACAAUCCCGAAUCGGGUUCUCCCGAAAUCCAACCUCAGGAGUAAAAUAGUGCCUGAGAAUCGAGGGUGGCAGAAAGUGAGGCUAAGUAAGAAGAGAGCCAAGAGAGAUAAAUUUUUUUUACGUUUAACAGAGUUACCGAUUUCAAUAAAAAGUGUACCGACUG